AUGCCUCGCCAAUUCUUCGUGGGCGGAAACUUCAAGAUGUUCGACCCGCCGAACGGUACUAUAAAAAGUAUUACAGACAUCGUUCACAACCUCAAUGGCGCCCCUCUUGAUCCCAAGACUGAGGUCGUCGUCGCCCCACCUGCCCUGUUCAUUCUUCUCGUCCGUGAACACUUGAAGGCCGAACUCGAAGUCUGCUCGCAGAAUGUGUUUGACAAGCCCAAUGGUGCUUUCACGGGGGAAAUUUCCGCCGAGCAGCUCACGGACUCUGGUAUCAAAUGGACAUUGAUUGGGCACUCGGAGCGCCGGGUGGUAAUGGGAGAAACGGAUGAGUUCAUCGCUAGCAAAACGAAAGCUGCCUUAGACGGCAGCCUGAGUGUGAUCCUCUGCAUAGGCGAGACGCUAGAGCAGAGAGAUUCAGGCAGGACGAUCGACGUCGUGACGAGGCAAUUGAACGCUGUGAAAGCUAAAAUUGGUGACUGGAGUAAGAUUGUGGUGGCGUAUGAGCCUGUGUGGGCCAUUGGGACCGGAAAAGUAGCCACCACAGAGCAGGCACAGGAGGUACAUAAGGCUAUUAGAGAAUGGCUUGGGAAAGAGGUGGGCAAGGAAGCGGCGGAGAAGACGAGGGUGAUCUAUGGAGGAAGUGUGAAUGAGAAGAAUUGUGGGGAGCUGGCGCGGCAAGACGACGUUGAUGGUUUCUUGGUUGGAGGUGCGAGUUUGAAACCGGCUUGUGAGUUUUGCCUUUUUCUUUUCUUCUCUGCUGGGACCGGUGGAGAGUGCUGA